AUGUUGCGUGCCCUGACGCUGUCGCGCUUUAGCAACGUCAAGUGUCGCGCUUUAGUGCCGUCAGCUUCGCAGUGCGCGGCCUCCAGCCUCUUCCUGCUCCUGCUCCUUCUGCACCCUGCCCGGGGUGUGGCAGUGGCCCACAGACACCCCGACAUUAAGGGGGUCUCCAUGAGCCGUGACGUAGCCUGUGGCCAGCGUCACGUGCAGGGAAAGAUCAUCGGGGGCAUGGAUGCCCCUGAGAAGAAGUGGCCAUGGCAGGUCAGCGUGCACUACUCGGGCUUCCACAUCUGUGGCGGGUCCAUCAUCCAUGAGUACUGGAUCCUGUCGGCUGCCCACUGCUUCAGCAAGAACAUGGACAGUGCAGUGUUUGAUAUGUAUGUGGGCCUUGUAAAUCUCAAGGUUGCAGGCCGUCACACCCAGUGGUUUGAGGUGAAUAAGGUGAUCCUGCAUCCCACAUAUGAAAUGUACCACCCUAUUGGAGGUGACGUCGCUCUGGUGCAGCUGAAAACCCGCAUUGUAUUUUCUGACUCUGUACUCCCCGUCUGCAUUGCACCCCCAGACGUGAACCUUCAAAACCUCACCUGCUGGGCUACAGGAUGGGGACUCAGCUCCCGAAAAGGUAAGAGAACAAACGAACUACAAGAGGCACAGCUGCCUCUGAUCCCAUUGCGUCUGUGUCAGCGGCUAUAUGGAUACACAUCGUAUCUUCUGCCGGACAUGAUGUGUGCUGGGGACCUCAGCAAUGUGAAGACUGCAUGUGAGGGUGACUCUGGGGGCCCACUCGUCUGUGAAUUCAACCGUGUCUGGGUGCAAAUUGGAAUAGUGAGCUGGGGCCGUGGUUGUGAGUUCCCUAUGUAUCCUGCAGUUUAUGCCCGAGUCUCCUAUUUCUCAACAUGGAUCCGUUAUCACAUAGAACACACCCCCCCACCUCCUCAGCCUCUCCCUGCCCUCUCCUCCUCUCUAGGGGCCACCGUCCUUGUGACCAUGCUGGCUGUCCUGCCAAUGCUGUGA